AUGGAAAACAACAGGAGCACCGGAAACGCCGGAGCCCCACCGCAAGAAAUGCCGACGUGGUUCGUUCGUUGGUUAAACUCCCAACAACCAAGGAAUGUGCCAAACUUCGCGGCGCCAUCGACGUCGACAGCGGUUCAAAGACCGCAAGCCAUCCUUCAGGUACGUCCAAGUACCAGCGCCGCCGCUGAUGUCGAUGGUUGGCAAGUCACUCCACUACCUAGCGACGGGACGACUUCGCCAGAACCCGACCCGGAAAUUCCGGUAGCUCCGGAACCAGCCCCUCUUGCGAGCCCUCUUGUGCAAGAGCCGGGAAGUUCGACCACAUCAGCGACUUCGGGAGCAGUGAUGGCCUCACCACCUAUGCCAAUCACAACAGACAAUGUGGCCGCAAUUUCCGGAGUACUCCGGAGCUUGCUGGAUCGCCCACUUCCAGCUCCUGAACGACCAUCUUUCGAAGGCCUGAAAAGGCAAAAUCCGGUGAAAUUCUUACGAGCCAUUGAAGAAUAUGGACGUUUUUUCGGGCUCGACUCGCAGCGUCUUUUGGGAGUCGCCAUGGAUUGCUUGAAAGGCAAUGCCAAACAUUGGACGGGAAUAUUCCAGAAGAAGUGGCGUGGUUACGAGGACUUUCGACGGGACUUUCUCCGGACCUACUGGUCGGCCAAGCGUCAACGGGACAUCAGAUUUCAAAUCGCUACAGGCCGCUAUGACGAAACCAGGGGCACGAUGCUGUCGCAUUUUGCUUAUUACGUCGACAUGGCGAACAUGUUAACAACACCUUUAUCGGAGGAAGUGUUGCUGGAUGAAUUACUGCGUCACUUCCCCGAAAGAAUACAGUCGUUGUGGGUAUUAGAGAAAAUCUGUACCACCACGGAUGCCGCCGAAUUCCUGGCAGCUCAAGAAAUUCCGGGACAAAAUCCGGGAGAGAAAACCAACAUCGCUCCCAGGGAACGACCCCGCGCAACAGACCACCAGCGGCGUAACGAGCCAAAGCGCCCGCGGCCAAACUUUGACCGCCACGAAGUAACUCGUCCUGCGGCUCCUGCAAAUCGUGGAAAUGGUUUCCCAAAACGCUCAAGUGACGAACAACAAUGGCGCAACAACCAACCCAGCACCAGCAACAACCGUUGGCACAAUAACAACGGAAACAACAGCAACAAUCACUGGCGCAAAAACAACCCCAACGACAACCGCAACAACACAAGUUCGAGAGCGCAGGGUGAAACAUCACGAAACUCCAAGAAUUCGGGAAACGGGGGCGGAGUACAGGACGGGGCCUAA